CUUGAUCAAAGUCUGGAUCACCUUCAUUUUAGUAGGAAAAAACAGAAGAAAACAAAUUAAGUGGAGUCACUCCUCAAUUUCAUCCAGGGGUUCACAUAUUUUGCGGAAUAUUUAUAAAUAUGGAUUCUCUCAAUAUACUUUAGACGCACAAAAUCAACAUAAGAAAUGAAGUCUCCUCACUUUUCACUGUUAACGCCACUGCUUUUUGCUUCUCUCUUCUCCUUGUCAUGGGCAAAUUCGGCUCAUGAGGAUUUUCUUCAUUGCCUUUCCCUUCGUUCAAAUGACCCUACUAUUUCUAAAGUAAUCUACACACGAAAUAAUUCUUCAUUUUCCUCUGUUUUGGAUUCUACUAUCCGAAAUCUUAGGUUCUCCACACCAGAUACACCCAAACCUUUGGUCAUUGUAACACCAGUAAAUACAUCCCAUAUUGUAGCAACAAUUUAUUGUUCAAGAAAACAUGGGCUCCAAACUAGAACUAGAAGUGGUGGGCAUGAUUUUGAAGGUAUUUCUUAUGUUUCUGCAGUUCCAUUUGUCAUCAUUGACUUGAUUAAUUUUCGAUCAGUCGAUGUUGAUGUUGAAAAUAGAGUUGCAUGGGUUCAAUCUGGUGCAAUUCUUGGUGAACUUUAUUACAGGAUUGCUGAAAAAAGUACAACUCUUGCCUUUCCAGCGGGUAUCUGCCACACUGUGGGUACUGGUGGAUACUUUAGCGGAGGAGGAUAUGGCUUAUUGUUUCGAAAAUACGGUCUUGCUGCUGAUAACAUAGUUGAUGCUCAACUCAUUGAUGUAAAUGGAAGAAUUCUUGAUAGAAAAUCCAUGGGGGAAGAUUUGUUCUGGGCAAUUCGAGGAGGUGGAGGUGGUAGCUUCGGAAUUGUCCUCUCAUGGAAACUAAAGUUGGUUCCUAUUCCGACAACUGUGACUGCAUUUUCAGUUAGCAAGACCUUUGAACAAAAUGCAAUCCAACUUAUUCAUCGUUGGCAAUAUGUUGCACCAGAGCUUCCUCAUGGAAUAUUCUCAUCUGUUGCUCUAAAUAGGGUGAAUUCUAGUCAAGAUGGGAAGAAAACAGUUGUAGCUUCAUUUAGUUCAUUAUUUCUUGGUGGCAUUGAUGAGCUUGUUCAGUUAAUGCAAGAGAGAUUUCCUGAGCUGAGACUAGUUAAGGAAGAUUGCAUUGAGAUGAGUUGGAUUGAAUCUAUUCUUUACUUUGGCCAAAUUCGAAAUCAAUCAUUGGAGAUUUUGCUUGAUAGGAAUUUUCAGAGUCCUCUUACCAGGCCAUCCUACAAAGCAAAAUCUGACUAUGUAAAGGAACCCAUACCUGAAAUUGGACUGAGAGGUUUAUGGUCAAGAGUUUCUGAGGAAGAAGCAGAAUCUGGUUAUAUUCGUUUUUUUGCUUAUGGGGGGAUAAUGGAUGAGAUUCCAGAGAGUGCAACUCCUUUUCCACAUAGAGCUGGCAAUUUGUACAAAAUCUUAUAUAAUGUGGGUUGGCAAGAAGAAGACAACAUAAACUCUGAAAGGUACAUAAGAUGGAUCAGAAGGCUUUACAGUUACAUGAGUUCUUUUGUUUCAAAAUCUCCACGAGAGGCAUACAUUAAUUAUAGAGAUCUUGACAUUGGAACGAACAACAAUAAAGCUAAUACUAGUUAUGCGCAAGCAAGUAUCUGGGGUCGUAAAUAUUUCAAGAACAACUUUGAUAGAUUGGUGCAUGUGAAGACGAUGAUUGAUCCUGAAAAUUUCUUCAGACACGAACAAAGCAUCCCUCCUCUCAUUUCUUCAAGAAAUAAAAAAACUCAUUAGCAUAAAGCUUUUUAGAAAAAUAAUAAAGAGUUGCUGACUUCUUUCUUAGCAUUUCUGGCACAAUGGUGGAAUGCCCAGUCUAAUAAAUUAUAUAUAUACCAAUAAGAUCGAGUAGGUUUUGUCUGUAGUAUAGAUUUUAGCAUUUCUUUCUCCAAAUUUCUAUUUUAUGCUAUAAAGUUCGACUUAAUGCAAUUAUUUACAUGUUUUACUUUAUGAAUUUCGCUUAUAUUUACUCGAACGAAUACAUAAUAAAAUCUUCAAUACCAUCCAUCCAAUUCAAUAAAGUUGCUCAAUUUAAAAAUUUGAUGCAUAGUUUUAAGAUAAUUAAGCUUGGGCAUAAAUGAUGAUGUAGGGCUUAAUUGCGGUAUUAAGCUAUAUAAUUUUUGGUUUAACUUGUGAUUUUAGAAAUAAUUGGAUCAUUUAAUUUUAUUUUCAGGGUUAGUCUAGACUUUUAACUAAUUGUAAAUGGAGUAUUUAAGAAGAUAACAAAUGUUUUUGGACUAAUUGAGUUUUUUAGUCAUGAUUUUGGGAUUACUUUUGACCUUUAACUAACUAUGAAUUUGACCUAGAGAAAAAGAGAAGGACAAAACAAGGAAAAGAAAAAAAAGAUUAAAGGGAAAAAAAAAAAGCAGUUGCAAGAAGAAAGAAGGCUCUGCCAUGGGGAGAAAAGAAAGAGAAAACAGGAAUAAAGAUUAUAAGAAUAACUUCAACAGAUUGGUAUAUAUAAAGACCGUGAAUGAUCAUAAGAAUUUCUUAAAAAAUGAACAAAGUUUCCCUCCUCUUUCGUCCUCAUGGAAGAAGUAAGGUGAUUAGACUUGAGAGUUCAGAUUUUUGUUAAACAUGAAUAAAGAUUUCAAUGAAAAGAAUAUUGCAAAAUAUUAGUGUUGUUUCGUUACUAUUUCUGUCAGUAUGGGUUUGGUGUAGUUUUUAUUCAUCAUAUUUUGGCUUAAACUUUGAUCACCAGAGUGGGUUGCGUGGAAGGCAGGGGUACAAUAAUCAGCAAAUAAAUUAAAAUUUAAUGUAUUCAGGCUACAGGCUCUGAUGCAUUUGAUAUUUUGAAUUCCCUCUAUCAAACAGCUUGAAGCAAGCUCAGGGAUAAUUGAUGAUUGUCCUUUCCAAUCAACUAAUCAUAGAAUAACCACUACCUCAGAAUUCAAUUACCACAGUGAAAUUGGCCAUUGAUAAUACUUUUUUCUAAUAGGGCUACAUUUAAAACUUCAUAAUCUCCAAAGGCCUAAGAUCUCUGCCUAAUUCCCUGACCGAAGCUUUCCCAGGUUUUCAUGAGGAAGAGACACCUAUGAAUGUCAUAACUGGAAAAAAAAGUUGCUCGUAGGACAGAACCAAUCAAAUAUGUUUGCUAAGCUUUUUAUCAGACUCAGAAUUGUUGAUGAUAGCAUGAAUUUCAGUAGCUUUAGGAACAUUGUUAUUUAUUACUACCGUUAUCAAUGUUAAGUUAACAACUACUAUAACUGUUUUUCACUUUUUCCCCUUAAGAAGAAAUAUAAUAUUAGGGAUUAAGAAUUUGAGAUGUCUAAUGAAGAGUAGAGUUUGAUGGUAGGGCAUAUUUUACUCGGGCGCCGCCUGUGGAAACUCCAAAUAUGACCUAAUUUGUUAGAGUUUUGUAUCUUCUACCUAGGAUAAUUUUGUUCAAGUAUAAACAUAAAAACAAUGCAGAGAUCAAGAUCAAGAUAAUAGACUUGGUAUCAAAACCUACUCCCAGAAUAUCUGCACAUGAAACAGAAACUGGUGAGUGGGGAAAGACUUCUGAGAUAUGUUUAUGGAUGGUAAGAGAGCUGAGAUAUCAUUCAAAUACAGAGUUCCAUUACCAUAAAUACCCAGAACUAAAGAACAGACAAAUUAGCUUAUUAAAAUUUUAUAACAACAAAAUUAUUAACUUGAUAUAAUAUUGAAUAUCUGUUGACAGCUUAGUAUGCAUUCACGGAUGCUAUAACUGCUGAGUUGGCCUACACUGAUAUAUUGAUAAUUUAUCAAGUAUGAUAGAUUUUUUCUAUGAUCAUUGAUGGAUGUUAUGUUAUAACUACUAAGUUGGACUCCACAACUAUGCAUGAAAGCAAGUAAUCUUAAUUGACUGUUUUAAGCUACAGACUAAUAUGGUCAUACCUUCAGUUGAUUUAUUCUUUUUGGAAAUAAAACAGAAAACAACCAGGGGCAUGUAAUAAAAAACCAACAACAACAACAAUAACAGACUUAAGAACUGAAGCUCCCAGCCAUUGCCAAAAACCAAAUCCUUUUUUCUUUUUUUUUUUCUUUUUUAAUUUUUAAUUUUCAGACAUAAGCAUACAAGCGCAGAAAAGGUUGGAGGUCCAGACAG